GGAAUCAGAAGAAGAUGCAUCGGAGGAAUUCAUCGGCAAUCAUGUCUUCAAAGCAGGGGAGCUCAGAAAUUACACUUUGCCAAAACCUAACAGGGUCGCGGGCAAGAAGACAUUUCUCGGCAUCGAAGCGGUUAAUCCGUCAGUUACAAGUUGCUCGGGACGUGCCCAGACGAUUGGGACUUGGCUCAGAAGCUCAUGAUCAGUGGCUGUGACCCAUUGCCCAGAAGGAGAUGCUUCUCAAGAACACCACCAAACUACACAAAGCCAAUGCCCUCAAGCAACUCUCUGUGGAAUCAGCCUAGGGAUGCCAACAUAUUGUGGAGCCACUACAAGUGCAAGGACUAUCAAUGCCUCCUCUCCAACCAAACAGGGAACAAAAGGGGCUUCUUCAAGUGCUCGGACUGCUUCAACCUCUCGAAGCGAGGGUGGGAAGGGCCGGUCAACGAGCCAGAGGAAACUGCCGAGUUCACCAUCGAUCAGGUCCUGGCCCUGAAGCCUGGGGAGAUCAGGGUCGGGCUGGACUUUGGCCCGUCGACGGGGAGCUUUGCCGCCCUCAUGAGGGAGAGGAACGUGACGGUUGCCACAGCCACGCUGAACCUUGGGGCGCCCUUCAACGAGGUGAUCGCGCUGAGGGGCCUGCUUCCGCUCUACGUCUCGAUCGGCUCGAGAUUGCCCUUCUUCGACGGCACGCUCGACAUCGUGCACUCGAGCCUGUUCCUGGACGGGUGGGUCGGCGCGGAGCUGCUCCAGUUCGUGCUGUUCGAUUGGGACCGGGUCCUGAGGCCGAGGGGGUUGCUGUGGGUGGACCGGUUCUUCUGCAAGAAGGGAGACGUGAAGAUGUAUGGGGAAGAGUUCGAGAGGCUGAGGUACAGGAAGCUGCUGUGGAGGGUUGUGCCCAAGAGUGACAAGUUUGAGGGUGAGUAUUUCUUCUCUGCAGUGCUUGAGAAGCCCCUUAGAACUUGAAUCUGCAGAAAAAAACCUGUCAUGGUGUAAAUAAGUCAGGAAAUGAGAUUUUGUAAUGGAAAGCAAAUAAAUGAAAAAUCAUCUUUUCGUUUGAAACU